AUGAGUUCGGAGCAAGAGCAAAAAGAGCUCGUGUCUCAACUGCCCGUCAUUGUCAUUAAUAGCUCCAACGAAGAGGAGCCGGAGGAGGCGACGAAAGAAGAAGAAGGGAAAGAGCAAACGAUGAGGAAGGAGGACUCGGAUUCUGACGUCGUCGUUGUGGAGAAUGAGGAAGAGUUGACGCCGAAGGAGGAGGAAGUUAAAGAGGUCAGUGAGACUAAGUAAACCGUUUAUUUUUUGUACGAAACUCCAGAAAUUAUGCUCAGAACAGUCAACCUGUCCGACUUUUUUCUUCCAUUCCGUUCCGAUUUCAAUUUAGACUGUACAAAACAUUUUUUGAGCGGGCCUGAAGGAAAAAGGCUAGUGUACAACCGCCAUUUUUCAUUUUUCUGUUCCCCACCACUAACUUUCGUCUCUUUCAGGAAGAUUUUAUCACUAACAACUCCAUAUCGAGCUUCGAAGAUCUGAAAGCGCCUUCUGUCAUCUCGGAAGAAGAAGUGAAGAUGAGCGCAACGCUUCCGAUCGCCGCGCCAAGACCUAUUCGAAGAGAUUCGAUUGCGAGAGCCUCAAUGAUGGUUCCGAAAGCGAGUCCGAGAUUGACAAAGUAUUUGAGCUUGAAGCCGGUCAAAGGUUAGAUGGCCUUCUUUCUUUCUGCGGAAUUCCGACAACGCAAACAAUUCGCAAAUAUUCCUUUGAUUGGAAGAUCGAUCGGAAUCAAAGAAUUCUAUUCGUAAUGGUCAACUCUGUCUCUCCUCCCACUCUUUCAGUCUCGAAAACGCUGCACUUUCCGUCUUUCCCCCAUCUUAUCAUCCGUCUGCAAAAUUGACAGGUCACACUGAUAACGUGUGUUCCUGUCACUUUUAAUACCCCCUUCGACUAUACGAUUCUGUUCCCCCCUCUUCGGGAUGCUUUAACUUGUUAUACAACAUAUAAUUGAGCAAACUGUUAUAUUGUUUGCUCCAUCCAUCCUUCCACACGGGCGGUCUCUAUGUGUGUGUGCGCGCGCGCAAAAGCAGGAAGAGUGUGAGUAAUACAAGGUUUUCGACGUGACCUUGGUGACGCAUUCCUGAAAUUUAUUGAGCCUUCUGUAUCAAAAUAUGACGUCGACUAUUGGAAGAGGUAAGCGCGAGAUGAUUUUGAAAUUUGAACAAUGGAUGCAAUGAAAAAGUUAUCGGACUGCUGGUGAGCGAAAAUUUUGAAUGGAAGAGUAACGUUCGCCUGCAGCAGAAAGAGUUUCGCGCUGUGCAGUAUGUCAAACUACGGGUCUCGCAGCGAUUGAACAAAAUAUCUAGUCCAAUAAUAGAUGCGCCUUUAAAGUGAGCGCACGCGUUGCGGCCUUCUGGGGAGGCAGGCAGGGCAGGGAGAAAAAAAGAGGAUCGUUCUCGCCAAGAUUGAGUGUAGAGACCCUUAUCGACAGCCGGCUGUGCGGUUCUCGCGCGAACAUUUUGACCGGGCCAGGGACCGUUCAAAAAUUUCGCACCUAUCGCAUAGAUCAAAAGGUGUUAACGAGGGGUUUGACUGGCACAUCGUCACGUAAACAGACCAUCGAAACACGUGUUUGUAGUUUGGCGUCGCGUUGCGGUUUUUCCUCUCGACGGUCCGUCCAUUCGGACGACUCGUUCUCUUUUUUUCUCCAUGCCCAGACUGCCUUCCCAAAGGCUACUGCCGCAACGCGACGAGCGGAGCGUCGUUCAGCCAAAUUCAGCCUACCACUCUUUUUCUGCUCUUCAUUGUGAGAUCGUUCUUAUUUCUAUAGCUUUCCUAAAUACAUACGUAGUUAAAAAUUACCUAGUUUUCAAAAAAGCAGUUGAAUAUAUUUUUUUUUUCAAAAAAUUUCCGAAAAUUCUUGAAUCCUGAAUCUCCCGCGUUCUCGGCCGUGGCCGUUAGACAGUCGGUUCUUCAGCCGCCACUCGUGUACUCCUCCUGGACAAGUUAGUAUUCAUUUCUUUCCAUUUUUUCGUUGGCAUUCCGAAAUAGUUUUUAAGCGUUCAACUUUCCAAGCUCUCAAUUUUUACUUCUUCAAUUUCCGUUCGAGUACUGACACCUCGGUCUUCUUUUUCUGGAAAUCUUGCCAAUUUCCAGCUGUUCGCAGAUUAGAAAAAAUAUCUUAAACCUUCCAAACCGCCCAUUUCCCGAAUUGUUUUGCGAAAAACAAAACGUUGGCGCAUUCGCACGGUCUAACGAGCUAAUCAUGCCGCAAUCGCUCUGGCUGUUUUGAUGCGAUUCGCCCGCAAACCACCCUCGUCUCUCUUUUUUCUUCUUUUUUUGCGGUGAUGCAUGACCCCGCGAGUUCGAAUCAAUAGUGCACUGGCAGUUGUUGGAAGCUGCCUGCUCCGCUCUGCCGUGGCUCCGUAUAAUAUAAACUCACAACUUCCAGUUAGUUCCUCUCUCCAAAAUGCAUUGAAUAGCGUGAAUGACUGCGAGUGGACAAUGCUUUUUCGCGCUUCUGUGGUUUUCUUGCCGCAAAAAGGAUCUUUGCAGUUCGAGGACAGGUGGUCAGCCAGUCUCCUUGGGCGCGUAUUAUUUUGUCUUGGACUGUCUGCCGCCCUCCCGGAUCCAUUCGCUAUUUGUCGCUUUUGCGCAGUCCGUGUCGCCCGGGGGUUGAAUGCAUUCACUACCUGAUCCCUCCAUCGACCAAUCUCUCCUCGGAAAAGAAGAUGAUAUAGUCUUCCGUCCUUCUUCUUCUUCUUCUUCUUCUCGAUGUGAUACUCCUUCUUGUGGAUUCUCCCAUCUAAUUACAAUUGAUGUGUUCAUGUUCUGUUCUGUUCAUCAUCAAUCCUGUUUGCUUUACGAUUCACAAUAGUGCAUCAUAAGGCCAAAUUUGCCACGUCAUCUCGGCCCACAAAGCCGCCCGUCUCUCCACGAACCGCUGAACACUCGGCCGAUCUCGCACCGCCUGCGUCUCUCCUCUCUGUGCCACACUCUCGCCGCCUGAUUGUCGGCUGGCCAGACCGAUGGAUGCGAGAGAAGAUGACUCACUUUGUGGGAGCAUUUCGCAAUUCCCUUUUCCGUCCUUUUUGUCUCUCGCUUUCCGCCCAUUCAACGAUCCCCCACCUAUCUCUCCCUCCCAUACAUAAAGAACAACAUGACUGCUAGAACGUUCUAUUCGGUUUUCAACAAAGUUUGACAAGGUUUGAGUCACCUUCAUUCCUUGUCAGUUUGGUUAUUUUGAAAUUCUCUGGAGUUUCUCAGAUUAACAUCUAGAAAAGUCGGUUUUUGAGCCUUUUUUCCACGGGCCGACGAGUCGCUCCGCAGCUCAAGUGCCACGCGGUCGCCCACUCAGUUGACCACAGAGUUUGCUUUUUCGAUUUUCUUUUGAAAAUUUUUGUUUUUUAAUGGAUUCUCCAUGUGUGUUGACUUUUAGGGCAGAACUUUUGCAAAUCGGAUUAUUUUGCGCUUCGUUCGUUUUUUGCACUGGAAACGUUUCACUAGAAACAAACCUGACGUUUCAGUUCAUUUUAGUAACCAGUUUGCAAUUCGAAAAAUACUCUGACUUUCGAAAAAUCGUUGUUUUUGUAAUUGCAAUACGAUUUUCAGUUGCAAUAUUUCUCUGUUUUCGCUCGCUUCUCAUCGCAAUUAUCCAAUUUUUGUAGUCGCUCGCCUCAAGUUCGCCCACUUCUAACUCUUUCCUCACCAACUCUGUACACACUAAUUCAAUUUUUCUUCAUUUUUCAGAAGAGAGUCAAAAGAAGAAAAAGAGUCGAAGCAUGUUUUCUUGGCUCGGCGGUGAUUCAUCAAAAAAGAAGAAUAAGGAGGUGCUGGAGACGGUCUCUGAGGGUCUUCGCAAGAUUUACAAGCAGAAGUUGUUGCCGCUUGAGGAGUACCACAAGUACCAUGAUUUCCACAGCCCCGCUCUCGGUGAGUUCUUGACCAAUAUUCACAAAAUGAUAUCAAUUACCACUUCAGAUGACCCGGAUUUCGAUGCCAAGCCGAUGAUCCUUCUGGUCGGACAGUAUUCGACCGGAAAAACGACAUUCAUCCGCUACUUGCUCGAGUCGGAUUUCCCGGGAAUUCGCAUCGGUCCAGAGCCGACCACUGACCGCUUCAUCGCCGUUAUGCACUCCGAGGAAGAGGGAAGCAUUCCCGGAAACGCACUUGUCGUCGACGCCAAAAAGCAGUUCCGCGCCCUUUCCGGAUUCGGAAACGCAUUCCUCAACCGCUUCCAAUGCUCGACCCUCCCGAAUCAAGUGCUCGAAAGCGUUACCAUCGUCGAUACGCCCGGAAUUCUGUCAGGAGAGAAACAGAGGUGAGCAAGUGUAUAAAUAUAUAGAAUGAGCCAUUUGUUUAUCAUUAUCAUCAACUUCUCCUAACCGGAGACGCCUAUCAAGUUUCAUAAUUUGCACUGCUGACGAGUGUUCGACACUCGAACUAAAAAAAUAACAGUACUUGUAACAAAAAUAUUUUUCUAGAAUCGAUCGUGGCUACGACUUCACUGGAGUCUUAGAAUGGUUCGCCGAACGCGUCGACCGCAUUAUUCUGCUCUUUGACGCCCAUAAACUCGAUAUUUCGGACGAAUUCAAGAGAUGCAUCGAAGCUUUGGCCGGAAAUGAGGACAAGAUCCGGAUUGUGCUCAACAAGUCAGACAUGGUCGACCAUCAACAGCUGAUGCGCGUGUACGGAGCCCUCAUGUGGUCGCUGGGAAAAGUGUUCAAGACUCCGGAAGUGUCGCGUGUCUACCUCGGAUCCUUCUGGGAUCAUCCUCUUCACUACGACAUCAACCGCCGGCUCUUCCAAGAUGAGCAGCACGAUCUGUUCCAGGAUCUGCAGGCUCUGCCCCGAAAUGCGGCUCUCCGCAAGCUGAACGACCUGAUCAAGCGUGCUCGUCUCGCAAAGGUUCACGCUUACAUCAUGGCCGAACUUCGCAAGCAGAUGCCAUCGAUGCUCGGAAAGGAAAAGAAGAAGAAGGAUUUGAUCCAGAAUCUCGACAAGAUUUACGAACAACUUCAACGCGAGCACAACAUCUCGCCUGGAGACUUCCCGGAUGUCAACAAAAUGCGCGAGAAGCUUCAAAAUCAGGACUUCAGCAAGUUCAACCCGUUGAAGCCGAAGCUUCUCGAAGUAGUCGACGGCAUGCUCGCCACUGAUAUUGGUGAGUUAUCAACUGACUUUUGUGAGCUAAAUACAUAAUUCCAGCUCGUCUGAUGGCACAAAUUCCGAAGGAGGAGGCAGCUGCACCGGUCGGAGCCAAUGGACCCGCGGACCCGACCGUAAAGGGGGGAGCCUUCAGUCAGACGACUGAAGCCGAAACGCCAUUCGGAUUCGGACGAGUAAGUUUUGAAAUAUUACACUGUGUGCCACGAUUGCAUCUCAUUUCAUUCUCAACAUUUUUUUAGUAUGCUACACGAUGGGUGAGCCAUUCUAGAACUGUAUUGGUGGCGGAUUAGGGUUUGAAGCACGAGAGUUUGGAGUGACUCUAUGCUUUUUGUGUCUUUUUUCUUUCUGUCGAGAAUUGUUAUCCUUUGGAGCUUCUAUCUUGUUGGCUUGAAUGCUAGUGCGCUUUACAGUAGAGCGCACUUCUCAUGCCGACCGCGUGAACUCGUUUCCCGUCCAAAUCUUCACACAACCACGCUUUCUUUACCUGACUUCUCUUUUCUGUUCCCUCAAAACACGAACUUUUUCCCUUUCCCCAUUCACUCGCCCAGUGUUUUCUCGUUUUCCGAAAGUUGACUACCAUUAUCACUCAGCCAUUUCACUACCCUUCUAAAUGCUUCUAAUCAACACUCGUUUCUUACAGGGCGAAGGAUUUGACAAGGGCGCCGACGAGACCGAAUGGAUCGUGAACCGCGAGCGCACGUCCGCCGACUCGACCUUCGAGAGCCUGGGACCAGUCAACGGAUACUUGAGUGGACGGGCGGCCAAGGAGCACAUGGUGAAGAGCAAACUUCCAAACUCGGUGCUCGGAAAGGUGUGGAAGUUGGCCGAUAUUGACAAGGACGGACAGCUCGAUGCCGAUGAGUUUGCCCUCGCCAACUACCUGAUCAACCUCAAGUUGGAAGGUAACAGAUUUGAAUUUAAUCUUAAAAACUCUAUAACUACCUAUUUUCAGGCCACGAGCUGCCAGGAGAGCUGCCGAAACAUCUGAUCCCGCCAUCGAAGCGCGACGUGCAAGACGCCGUCUACCCGAGCCUCAACGACAAUGACGAGUGA